CAAUAAAUUACCUUCUGAAGACUAGACUUGCGCCCCGUCCUGCAGCACCCAACUUCGUCUCCUGCAAACCAACACGACUUGUGCAACUCCGGGUAUAUCGGCGACUACGCCUACAUAUUAGUUUACUGUCACCAAAUGGCACCCUCUACCAAGAUUUUCUCCCUUGAGGGGAGGGGCCUGAAGCUGGACACGGCCGAGGACCUCGAGCCUCACAUUGCCGAUCUUCGCGCCACGGCCGAUAUCGAGGAAGUGCGCAUUCUCGGUAACACGCUCGGCGUCGGCGCAUGCAAAUUGCUCGGCGAAGUUCUGGGGACGAAGAAGACGUUGCGUGUUGCCAACCUCGCUGACAUCUUCACCGGCCGCCUCCUCAACGAAAUCCCCGAAGCGCUUUCCUUCCUCCUUAACUCGAUCCUCAACCUCCCGAACCUCAACACCAUCAAUCUCAACGAUAACGCCUUCGGCCUGAACACCCAAGCGCCCCUGGUCGCAUUCCUGGCUGCGCACGUGCCCCUCCAGCACCUCUACCUCAACAACAACGGUCUCGGCCCGCACGCCGGAAUCUUGAUCGCCGAUGCGCUCUCGGAACUGCAUGGCAAGAAAGAGGAGGCACGCAAGAAUGGUCAGCAAGUCCCCAACCUCGACACAGUCAUCUGUGGUCGCAACCGGCUCGAAAACGGCAGCAUGGCGGCAUGGGCCAAGGCGUUUAAGCUACACAACAAGGUCAAGGAGAUCAAGAUGGUCCAGAACGGUAUCCGUCAGGAGGGUAUCUCGCAUCUGUUGAGCGAGGGCCUGCGCCAUACCUCGCAGCUCGAGGUGCUCGACCUGCAAGACAACACAUUCACCCUCCUAGGUGCCAGGGCGCUGGCGGCAGUCGCGCCUGGCUGGGCUGAGCUGAUUGAGCUGGGCAUCGGCGACUCGCUGCUCGGCGCAAAGGGCGGUGUGCUCCUAGCCAAGUCGCUUGGGAAGGGGAAGAACACAAAGCUCCAGAUCCUGCGACUUCAGUACAACGAGAUCACUGCGCCCGGCGUCAAGGCGUUGGCCGAGGCCGCGGAGGCGCUGCCGGUUCUCAAGAAGCUGGAGCUCAACGGCAACAAGUUCACCGAGGACGACGAGUCAAUUAUUGCGCUGCAAGACCUCUUCGAGGCGCGCAAGGAGAAGCAAGCCGGUGAUAUCGUCAUCGAGGAUGACUGGGGCCUCGAUAGCUUGAGCGACCUGGAAGAGGAGUCCGAGGGCGAGGAAGAGGAGGAAGAGGAGGAGGAAGAAGACGUCGAGGCUGAGGAUAAGGCUGAGAAGUUCAUCAAGGAGGCCAAGGAGGCGCACGCGGAGCCAGUUGCCCAACAAAAGGACAAGGAGGUCGAUGCGCUGGCUGAGAAGUUGGGCAAGGCGGCAAUCUAAAGACCAUGGCCACUAGAGCAGAUGGAUGGUGUCUUCACGGCCGCCUCAGGAAUACAGACGAUACCCAACACCACUUGGUAAACAGGAGUUUGACAGACGGCUAUAGAGUACGAGUAUUGCGUUGGAUGGCGAGUAUGACCGCCAUAACUUAAGCAGCGAUGCAAAUAUCACAUCAGUCAGACUAACGUAGGUGAUACUGCAUUGCGAAACUGUGGGCUGUUCUACAAUGGUCGGGUCUUUCAUGGCUUUCCGGAAACGGACUGUUAACUGGUCUGUGGAGUGGCUGUGGUAGCAAUCGGAAUCACACCACCACCAAUGUCUCCUGAGCCGAGCUCACCACUUCUAGGUAUCGCUACCGCAAAC